UGAGCAAUAGAAUGGAAUUUGAUAGUACGUCAAAAUUUGGGGUUAGGAGUUUAAAAUCACGUAAACGAACGAAGAAAGGGUAUGAAUCUAAAGGUAAAUGUUUAAUAAAUCUUAUUUAUAUUCUUUCAUUACACAUACAGUCCAUUUGAGACUUUGUAUAAUACAAGUUUAUCUUUAAUUUAUCAUUUGCAAAAAUUACAAAUAAAAUAGAUAAAACUAGUACCUCAGAAUCUGAUAUUAAUCAAAUGGAAGAAGUAAAUAAGCUGGACAUAAAAUAUAAAAGACAAAGAAGAAAAAGAAAGAUUUCAAAUAACAACAAUAAUAAUAAUAAUAAAUGUAUUAAAUACAAUGAUGAGGAAAAUGUCUUUGCUGAAAUAAAAGAAAACCAAAAUAAAAAGGAUGAGAAAAAAACAAAUAUACGCACAAAAACUAACUCAAAUGAUACAGAAAAAAUUCACAAAAAUGACGAAAAGAAGGUUCAGACAAAGCAGCCUUCUAAGAGACAAUUGAAGAGAGAAAAAGCUGAGAAAAAAGAGAAUGAAAAAAGAAUGGCCAAUAGAAUGGAAGCAAUGAAGAAAGGACUUAAUUAUGUUUCAAAGUGGAAACAUGCACGAUCUCAAUGGAAAUUUGAAAAAUUAAGACAAAUUUGGUUAAUUGACAAUUUGCUGGAUGAAACUUCUAUACCAAAUGACAUUUUUCCAACAGUUUUGGAAUAUUUUGAAGGCUGUAAAGGAAUGGCUAGAGAACAACUUUUAAAAAAAGGCAUGGAUAUUAUAAAGAAGGUAGAAGAGAAUGAAGAAAACAAGGAUGAAGUAGAAUCUAUUGUUUAUCAAAGGGCAAGAGAACUUCUACAAGCUUUACCUACAGAAACC